GGAAUCUAACAUUUACGAUGAUAGAUGACAGCACUUUGAUUCAGCCAUCAGUUUUCCAUGCAAGGUCAGCAUUACAUAUCACAGGAACUGCACAUUUAAGUUAUGACAGCGUAUCGUCUUUGACGACAUAUACAUGGCAAAUCAAUAUACUCAACGAUACAUACCCAUAUCCGAGCUCUGCAAAUGUGAUCUAUCCAAAUAAUACUGAUGUGUCGACAUAUGAAAACCACUUGACCAUUCGAGCAAUGGGCCUAGAUUAUGGUGUAUAUGCGAUAACUAUGGGUGUAACAGCCAUGCAGAUAGGGAAAUCCGUCUGUAUGCUUUUUAAACAGAGAUUCAUCAAAUUGAAGUCUGCUCCUCUUGUACCUAUCAUAAAGGGUGGAACAUCAAGGUCAGUUAAUUCCAUGGACAAAGUUUUCAUAGAUGCAAGUCUCUCAUAUGACCCUGAUGA